UGUGUAUUGACGCUGGCCUUUACUCUCGCUCGCCAGAUACUCUCUCGCUCGUCAUCGGGUCUUCCGCACGGCGCUCGCUCGCUUCUUCAGUGACCUGCUGGCCUUCCUGGGAACCUGCUCGAUCCCCCUGGCUCUCGAUUCUUUCCAGCGUGACGACCCAGUCGCGGUGUCUUUAUCAUGAGGACGUGUGUGUUUAUUCUACUGCUCCUUGCCAUCCUGCAGUUAAGUGAGGCCCGACUGUGUUACAACUGCACUGGCGACUGCGUGACCGACAGCGAGUGCAAAGGCUCGUGUACCACAUCUGUGCCAGAAUUAGGGGACGGCCACGAGAUCCGAAGCUGCCAGAACGAGACCGUGGAGGCUCGGUGCAUCUCGGAAAUCAUCUUCGACAAGCGAUAUAAGACCUGCUAUUGCAACACCGAACGCUGCAACUCCUCGUCCGUCGCCUCCGUUAGCGCCUUCCUCUUCGCGUUGGUGGCUCUCCUUCUGCGGGAGCUGAGGUAGAAAGAGAAAGAGGAAGAGAGAGAGAGAGACACUAUCCGGCCGGGGCGAGCGCGGUCCAGCGAGAGAGGAGAGUGAAACUUUUUCCAGAAUAAGUUUCGAGCGACUGGGUGUCAUUCCUUCGGGUCGAGUGGUCUCCAAAGCCCGCGACUCGACGAACCUUCAACAUGACAGUUCCUUGCACGAUAUCCACGUGAAGCUGAAAGAGAUUCUGCGCGCUUUGUCUUGUUUUCGUUUCAGGAAUCAUCGAGAUCUGCUGACAAAACUGAAUCUGUAUUUUACGUGGUCGACACCCAUUACUCUUUGACAAAGUUCACUGCGUGUUUUCCAUCGAUGUAAGCAUUAUUGUCAAUAUCCAUACCAUCAUGAUUGGAUAUUUUUUUUUAUAUCGAACUUUCCAUAUUAGCCAACAGAUGAAAAGUAUCUCCGCAACGAAAAAUUCGUCUAACCUUAUUCGAAAGUACGAAAAAAAAAUCUUACUAAUUUAGGUAACCUUCUUUGAGUCCGUUUCAGCUCUUGAUUUUGGCUUAAACAAGAUAUAAAAAAAAAACACUGAAGGUAAAAUACAACACAUAAGCCUCAACUAACCACAUUGAGCCGCUUUUAUAAGAUAAACAGAACCUUCGAAAUCAUCGUUCCUAAAACAACCAGGACGUCCAACUUACCAAUAUGACUCUUCCUCAGACCAGCCUUUUAGAUCUGUUGUCUUUACCCUCGCAAGCUGAGGUUAUACCAGAUGGUUGGCCGCCGAUAGAGGUAUUAAGUAACCGCUUAGGCCAUAAAUAACUGUCUUGACAUACCUGUGGGUUUCGACAUAACGUUUUUACUUCUACCUAAAACACAAUUAUUUACAAUAUGUUUUGCCUUUGCGCCACUCAUAAAAUCUAAAGCACACAGAUCUUUGGCUGUACUACCCCAGACAUAUCCGUUUACUACCUUGACUUGUUCCCUUGAUUACAUGAAAGCCUUUCAUCGCGCAAGUAUAAAAGCUUGAUACUAAGGUCACUAUAUCUCGUUAAAUAUUAUCUCUAUCCCAGUGUUUCUUUACACUUGCCAAACCAUGCCGGAGAACUGUGCUAUCCACGCAGGUCCUCAGUGGGUGGAUUCUAGUGCCUUUUUUCCUUUUCCUGGAGUUGAGGUUAAAGAGAUACUUUGCUUUCCACACAUGUUUCAUUUACCGGUGUAACAAAGGGCUGUUUGUGGAGUUUACCAUGGAGUAAGAAGAAGCGAAGAUUAUAGAACAAAUUAUGCAGAACAGAAUGUCAUUUUCUGUCGUUGCAAAAUGUGAAUGGUAACGUUACAUAUCCUCCUGUAGAAGAAUGAGUCACUUAUGAAUCAGAUUUUUUGUUUACCACAGUAUAUUUACAUCACAUUUUUGGAAUCAUUUUUUUACGAAAAAAAAAAUGUCUAUAUAUUUCCAACUUUUAUUAAAAUGCUAUUUUAGUUAUUUUUGUCAGACAUUGUAAGACUUAUAUUUCACAUAUAGUAUGUACUCUAGUUUCAUAUAUUUGCAGAGCAUAAUUUCUAUAUAUUUUUCUGAUGCUUUCAGAUGCAGUCAACAAUAGCGUGCAAAACAGCCACAACAAAUCUCAUAAUGCUGUUUCAAAACAAGGUGGAUUUCUCAUUUGAUCUUCACCGUCUGAUCCAGAGCCUGUUUUUUUUACUGGCUUGAAAAUGACAAUUUUAUUUUUUCUUUAUAUCUUUUUUUUUCCUAUAAGAAAUGUUGAGACGCAGAAAUCAAAUGAAGACUUUAUAGAGUAGCAGCAACCAUUAACGCCACGUAAAUAAAGCAGAACAAAAUAAAUGAAACAGACAAAGAUUUCGAUAACUUGUAAAAGGUAUAUAGACAUCAAAAUUUCAUUAGCAAUAUUGCACUAUUUAGCCUCAUAGUGAGCGGCUUCAGAUACCUUCCCACACUGCAUGUCACUCCUAAAUGUAGGUUAGAAAGUUGAUAUGGACAUACGCGUAAUGUAUUUUUUGCAUUAGAUUAGCUAAAAAGACGACUGAAAGUUCAUGCAUUUCAUAAAAUACUCUUUUUAUCGUAUUUUAUAUAUAUUUACAUAUACAUACAGUAUAGCAAGCACACCGUAAGUAUGUCUGACAUUAGAGUCACCAUUGUUUAUGCAGAAGAAAAUUUUUAAAAAAUGUUGGAUGAUGGAAAUAUUUUUAAAAAGAAAAAGCCGUAAAUAUAUCAUGUGAUUUCAGAUACAACUGUGAAUGUGUGGAUAGCAAGGUGUUUCGCAGGAAAGGGCAAAAUAUAACUUUGCAGACUUAAUCAUACUACAGCGUAUGCUUAAUCGCCUAUCACUUUAUUUUUAUGGAUCUCGUGUACACUUUUCUCUAAUUCCAUUAUGGACAUCGGGAAAAAAGAAUAAAAGAAAGUUCAUCAGUCUUGUUGAAUAUACGUGUAUCAUUUUGAAAAUCAUCACGCAGUGCGCACAGUAGUUAAGACUUCACGUUUACCCAAGAAGUGAAAUAUAUCGACAGCCUUUUGUGCCCUCGUUCUGACGGUGCCCCCCAAUAACUAAUGAACGACCUGUUACAACGCAAGAGAAUCACCUUGCUAGGUGCGAAAUAACAAACUACUACUUACUCUCGCUUGUAGCUCCCCGGGAAGCAUGGGUAGGCCUUGUAAAUUGUGGCAAAUGUAGAAAAAGGAUAUGAAACAGUGAAUGACUCAACAACGCAAAAUACGUCGUUUGCGUUGAUGUUACUUAUCUUCAACAGAAUUAUACAUCAAGCAUAACGACGGUGAAAUGAUUCAGUCUCAUUCCUAACUAUUUUCUACACAGGCCAAUGUUUUACCAGGCUUAUCCAUGACCACUUCUUACCACGGUUAAUUCUUGCUCCUUAGUAAGCGAACCUCUUACAGUGAGACCUCAGAUAUUAAUCCCUCGGUGUAUUUGUGUACUCUGCCUCUCCCUUUAGAAUUUCGAGCUCACAGCAGAGAUGACUUGUUCUUGCAUUAGACUUCAUAUCUAAACUUUGAAGGUAUCGACACGUCCUCAUACCGAUCGAACUCUCUGGUCGUUUACCCUCCUGUUCCCCUGAUCAUUAAUCUAUCCGUAAUCUUGUCACUUCUGCAUUAGUGUCAACUCAACUACACUGCCUGACCCCUCCGUUGACGAUUUUCCCCGUGUUAGCAAGAUCACAUUCUCAAAGAUCCUGCCAUAGCUAAUCUCAAGUGCUGUACCUCUCUUUGUUAAUAUUGAUACCCUUUUCUUGUCAGGUUUUCGAAGAGUUACUCGCUAUGAUGGGCUAUUACUUAACUAGUCAAAGGUGCCACAUAUCUAUAUAUACAUACAUACAUGCGUACAUUGUUACAUAUAUAUGUAUACAUAUAUACAUAUAUAUAUAUAUAUAUAUAUAUAUAUAUAUAUAUAUAUAUAUAUAUUGUAUCAUGCAAAUAUAUAAAACGCUAAGUCAGAAAGUGUGCAAGCUAUCAACAAUAUAACUUAGUGUUAAUGCAAUACCUUUCCUCAACCCCACUACGAUAAAAAUCAUAAUGAUAAAACAGAAAUAUGUCUAUGGCAUAAAAGGCUAAUGAAUACCUUCCUUAGCCAAGUAAGCAGUCCACAAGUCUGACCCGAGGAAGAACAAGAACGAAGUGCGUGUUCGUGGGUCAACCUAGGCUUUAUCGUGGAGCUGCUCGUAAACCAUUAAAACGACCCAUAAUUCCUCCCUUUUAUCCCAUAAUAGCUAAUACCACACGCUCGAAUAGUUUUAAAUGAACACUUUUUUCUCAUAUAUUUUUAUCUUUAGAUAUAGUUAUCAUACUAUUUUUCUGCAGUGUUCGGAAGCGAACAUGAAAACCGUCAGGUGGCGACUGUCUCCUUAGUCACUAUACAUGAAAAUAUAAAUCCGGCUGAUUGUCUCACGGUGAAACACUUUAUCGUGUGUUACUCUCAGCAGGUUUUUAGCUUAUUCCAUGGUCGUGCAUAUGGUGUAGGUACGUGACUCAUCAUAUGUCCGUGCUUAGCUUCCUUUCCAUGUAUACAAGAAUGUAGGCAAGGUCUAGCCUAGAUUUUUUUUUUUUUUUUUUUUUGGUUCAUUUCCAUGUGUGGCUUUUGGUGAAAAAAGUAAGCCUACUUAUAUAUUGACUGUGCUGUUUUAACGUACUACGAAACCGUCAAUAUAGUUCAGAUUACCUGCUGAAAUGAGUCUUAAAAAUAAUGGUAAACCGUAAAGACUGGUACUUUAUCGAUGAACUGAGCACGCGGUAUUUUCUUAUUCUCUGACUUGGUGACCUCGAUAUUUAUAGAAUAUAUCAAUUCAGCAUAUUUUAUAUUGUCAUUACUUUUUAACCAUCCAAGCUAAGGCGCUAAGUGUCCGGGUAGGUAGUGUUACGUCUGUGUGCAUGCACGGUAAACGGUACAAAUCUGCAGUUAUGUAGGAUGUAGUCUGUGUGUUGUUUUUAUACAUAAAGACUGGUUAUCAAAAUAUAUUUCACUUGUCUCUGUGACUUAACUGCAGGUAAGAAACCAGUGAAUUUAUGAGAUAUCCUUUUAACAAGACAGCAAGGGACCAUUUAUGCUAUAGAUUCAUCUCUCCAUUGCAAAACACUGGGAUUAUGACAAUGAAAAAGACUCUCUCUUUACUGUCUUACUUUAGCCGAAGCAUAAGACCCCUUUUUUCAAUACUUGAUCUAAAUUCAGUUUCCCUCAUUGUCAUAACCCGCCUGGCGGAACAUCGGUUGUAGAGACCAAAAGGAUCAAGAAGGUUAACAUAGUCAUUUAAAAAACACGAAAUUGAAAGGGAUUUUCCCCCACUCCCUAGCUUCGCAUACUUGUCCGCUUGCGAUUAUCCUUUGGAAUUUAUUGUUAUGCGUGUAUGCGAUGGUCGGGUGGAGGCGUCGCGGGCCCGCCGAGGGUCGCCGCCCACACCAGGGCGUGGCCAUACACCACUGUUAUUUUUAUUGUAACUGAUCUAAAUAAAGAAGGAUAAACGUGUUUUCAA